UUUGUUUAAAUUAAUAUUCUGGAUCAUGGGGCUGUGAUCGGUCUUCUCGGCUUCUCCCUCCUCUUCUUCUCUUUCUCCUUCUCUGCUUCUCAGAUCCAUCCGGGCGGAAGCUUCUCUCUUUCACUCUAAAAUUUUCCUGGAUUUUCAUUGCCAUCAAUUCAUCGAUCAAUCCUUUUUUCCUUCCUUCAAUCUCCUCUUCUAUACACAGGAUGAGGUCUGUGAUCUCCAAGAUGUGCUUUUGUUUGCUUCUCUUUGCGAUGCUUCGAUCUCGAGGGUGCGAGGGAUUGGGAUCCGAGGAAGCUUACGUGACGCUUCUCUACGGGGAUGAGUUCCUACUUGGAGUUCGGGUUCUCGGGAAGUCGAUCCGUGACACAGGGUCUACAAGGGACAUGGUUGUUCUUGUCUCCGAUGGCGUGUCCGACUACGCCAAGCAGCUUCUCAAGGCUGAUGGUUGGAUGGUGGAGCUUAUAAGUCUGUUGGCUAAUCCUAAUCAAGUGCGCCCACAGAGAUUUUGGGGAGUCUACACCAAAUUAAAAAUAUUUAACAUGACAAGGUAUAAGAAAGUCGUCUAUCUUGAUGCUGAUACGAUAGUGCUGAAGAAUAUUGAUGAACUGUUCAAAUGUGGAAAGUUUUGUGCAAACCUGAAACAUUCUGAGAGACUGAAUUCUGGAGUGAUGGUAGUUGAACCGUCUGAAGCUGUUUUCAAAGAUAUGAUGAGCAAAGUGAACACUUUGUAUUCAUAUACUGGAGGUGAUCAAGGAUUUCUAAAUACAUACUAUGCUGGUUUUCCAAAUGCUCACGUCUUUGAGCCCAAUAUGUCUUUGAAGGAAUUGAAUGAAAGAUCUGAGCCUGAAAUGGAAAGACUGUCGACCCUAUAUAAUGCAGAUGUUGGACUUUAUAUGCUGGCCAAUAAGUGGAUGGUAGAUGAGAAAGAACUGAAAGUUAUUCACUAUACCCUUGGCCCACUCAAACCAUGGGACUGGUGGACUGCUUGGCUUUUGAAACCUGUCGACUUAUGGCAGAAUGUUCGGGAACAGCUUGAAGAAACACUUCCAGGGACCGGAGGUGGAAGAAACCCCAAUGUGCAGUUUGUUGUCAAAAUUUUAUUUGUCCUCCCACUCUGUGCUUUGUUCUUGUGCUAUUAUCAAUCUUGUGUUAAGAUGAAUAAGGAUUCGCUGAGCUCUUGCUGUCGGAUCUCUCCUUGUGAUUAUGUCAGACACAUUUUUUACAAAUUCAAAUCUGGUGGUGGGCUUCCAGUAUACUCCAGUGUCACUUCAUCUUCUGUUGCCAAUCCAAUGCAACAGUUUGCUAAUGGUGCACAUCCUAAGGUGCCUGCCUACCUUGGUGGAGUCUCAGUUGUGGUUUGCUUUAUGGCUGCAUUGCUAUCUGUUGCACUUGCCUCUGCCGUUGUCCCUCGGCAAGUGAUGCCAUGGACUGGUUUACUGCUUAUGUAUGAGUGGACAUUUGCAACCUUUUUCAUAAUGUUUGGAAGUUAUCUUCGAGUGGCCUACAUAUGGGGAAAGGCAACUGGUGGUCGAGCUGGAACUGCAUUCACACGCUCAGAUUCUGCUGAGUAUAACUCUGGAAAAGGACAUCAGCGCCAUGAAUCUGAUUGUGAUAGCAGCGUAUGGUUCUAUGGUACAGGAAUGGCUUUGCUAGCAGUUAUGACCCCUUCAUUGCCAUGCUUAUUUGGGAUCACUGCUCUUUUCACAAGGUUAGGGUUGAUGGUUGCGGGAGGGAUAGUAUUAGCAUCUUUCAUGACAUAUGCAUCUGAGCACCUUGCUAUCAGGGCCUUCAUUAGAGGCCUGGAAGAACGCGAUUUGCCAAGAAGCCGAAGUAUAUGCCUUUUAUGUUGACCAGGAAGAUAUCAGGGACAUUGAAUUAAUGCUUACAUUACAUGCAAGUUCUGUACAAUAUUAUACUGUAGAUUUUUGAGAGCUGCUCAGCUGGUAGAUAUACUCAAAAGAACAAUGUGCCUAAUGUUUUUUCUGUCCAAAUCUCCAUUUUUUUCAUGUAUUUCAUUGUAACCUGGGCGAGUUCUGACCGCAGUGGUUUAAUGUUAUUCUCCUUAAUGAA